GCAACCGAGCUUACAAAAGGUCUCAUACUCAUCCAACUUUAAGUCAACUAAUCGGACGGCUUACAAUCAACAUCGUACGAUUUUGAUUUUGGUUCCUUUUUGAGUUUUUCCAGAUAGUGCAUCUUUUCCUCCACUAAAAUAAGUAUGGAGACUCCUGCCAACCUUGUCUCUUCCUUGCUGUAUCAUCUUCUCUGUUUGCCUAUUUAGACACGAACACACUACUUACUUGCAACCAGUAGAGAGAGGGAGGGAGAGAAGAGGCUAUUUUUGCUUCUUUUCAAGGGCAAAACGUAGUACAAAUCACAAACGGCCAAACAGAGAAGAAAGCUAAAACCUGUGACCAAGAAUAGAACCGAGAGAGAGAGAGAGAGAGAGCUCAAAACUAGCUCAUCUCUAACAUUUUGAGGUAAAAUCAGAAUGGGCCUUGCUAUGUUUCUCUUCACUGUCUUUGUUUUCAUGGUAAAGGAAACAGGGGUUUGUGCAAACUCUGAGCUAAGAGCACUCAUGGACAUCAAAGCUGCGUUGGAUCCCGAAGACAAAUACAUCUCUUCAUGGACUAUAAAUGGAGACCCAUGUGAUGGUUCAUUUGAGGGUGUAGCCUGUAACGAGAACGGUCAAGUAGCUAACAUAUCGUUGCAAGGAAAAGGGCUUUGUGGAAAGCUAUCACCUGCUGUUGAUGGGUUGAAGAACUUGAAAGGUCUCUACUUGCAUUAUAAUUCUCUGUAUGGCGAAAUACCUAAGGAACUAGCUAACUUGACUGAGCUUAGUGACUUGUACUUGAACGUUAAUAAUCUCUCUGGCGAGAUACCUCCUGAAGUUGGAAAGAUGGAAAAUUUGCAAGUUCUGCAGCUCUGCUAUAAUCAGUUCACAGGAAGCAUACCUACCCACAUAGGAUCUUUGAAGAAGCUAACUGUUCUUUCUCUUCAAUCCAAUCAACUUACUGGUGCAAUACCCGCAAGUUUAGGGGAUUUGGGCAUGUUAAUGAGACUAGACUUGAGCUUCAAUCACUUCUUUGGCUCAAUACCCACCAAACUAGCAGAUGCUCCUGUGCUUGAAGUACUAGAUGUUCGAAAUAACUCUCUUUCUGGCAAUGUACCACUCGCGCUUAAGAGACUGAAUGAAGGAUUCUUGUACGGAAACAACCUGGGAUUAUGUGGAGCUGGCUUCAUGCAUUUAAAUGCUUGCAAUGUUUCAGAUCGUCUUAAUCCAAGCAGACCUGAACCCUUUGGACCGGGUUCUACUGGUCUCCCAACAAGAGAGAUCCCUGAAACUGCAAAUUUGCGGUUGGCUUGCAACCACACUCACUGUUCAAGCUCAUCAAAAUCGCAUCAAGCUUCAGUUGUUGUUGGCACAAUUAUCUUAACUAUUGCAUUUAUCGUUAUAGGGAUUCUGACAUUCACCCAGUAUCGUCGCCGGAAACAGAGGCUUGGUAGCUCACUUGAGGUUUCUGAUAAUCAUGUAAGUAUUGACCAAGCCAAGGGGGUUUACAGAAAGAAUGGCUCUCCAUUAAUCAGUCUUGAGUACUCUAAUGGAUGGGAUCCUUUAGCUGAUGGGAGGAGUUUCAGUGGGAAUGAGCAAGAUGUCUUCCAGAGCUUCAGGUUCAAUUUGGAUGAGGUAGAGACUGCCACACAGUACUUCUCAGAGGUGAAUUUGCUGGGUAAGAGUAACUUUUCUGCAACAUACAGAGGUAUUUUAAGAGAUGGCUCUGUUGUUGCUAUCAAAAGCAUUAGUAAAACUAGCUGCAAGUCAGAAGAGACUGAAUUCUUGAAGGGAUUGAAUAUUUUGACCUCUCUGAGGCAUGAGAAUUUAGUGAGGUUGAGAGGAUUUUGCUGUUCAAGGGGCCGAGGGGAGUGCUUUCUCAUUUAUGAUUAUGUUCCCAAUGGUAAUUUGCUGCAGUAUCUUGAUCUGAAGGAUGGUGAUGGCCAUGUGCUUGAAUGGUCCACCCGAGUUUCUAUUGUCAAGGGCAUCGCCAAAGGUAUAGCCUAUUUGCAUGGCCACAAAGUGAAUAAACCUGCUCUUGUUCACCAAAACAUUACAGCUGAAAAGGUUCUUUUCGAUCAGCGGUACAAUCCAUUGCUUGCAGAUUCUGGCUUACAGAACCUUCUCACAAAUGACGUUGUAUUCUCAGCACUCAAGGUCAGUGCUGCCAUGGGUUACCUGGCUCCUGAGUAUGCAACAACCGGUCGAUUCACAGACAAAAGUGACGUAUAUGCAUUUGGAGUGAUUGUAUUCCAAGUUCUCUCAGGGAAGCGAAAAGUUAGCGACUUGGUACGGCUAGGGGCCGAAGUUUGCAGAUUUCAAGAUUAUAUAGACUCCUGUCUGCAUGGGAAAUUCUUCGAGUAUGAAGCAGCUAAGCUUGCAAGAAUCGCUUGGCUUUGCACUCAUGAGUCUCCUAUUGAAAGACCAUCUAUGGAAGCUGUUGUUCAGGAACUGGGUAACUUUAGUAGCUGUCUCUAGUUUCCAUGAAUUUCUUCUACGACUGCUGCCUGAGCAAUUUUCAAAUCUGGGAUUGAAGGGUGGCACCAAGUACUAACUGAACUUUUAGGACUCGUAGUUAUUAUCUUAUGUCCUCUUGCUGAGGACUAAGCUUUACUGUUAAUGUCAUUGAACAGUGUUCUUGUGACCAGGAGAUGUGAUGGCGUGGGCGAUUUUCACUUGUAAUCAACGAAAUUAUUUAAUCUUUUCUGUGUAAAGAGGUGGAUUUUCCUCCAUUAACAAAGAGUUGUUUACUCUACCUCAUGCACAUCACUAAGUUUUUCGAUGUAGACUGUCUGAAUUUAUUGUCCAUUCAAGUGAACUUGGCUUCUGUGCUUAGCCUUUA